UAUGUGUGGCGCCUCCUCCGACCCCGGGGCAAGCUCUGACUCAUCUCACUGACGCCCCAGUCCCUCCCACUCUGGAUUUAGCCACACAGGUGAUUUCUCCCAACCAAAACUAUUUGCAGCAAAGAGAGAAACAUCAUUCCUAAAUGAAAUCGGCUUUUCUCAUUGUUAACAACACAUCUUGCUAAAAGCCGGCAGCUUAGUUCGGGGGAGUUCCGGAAAUAUUGCCUAGAAUUCCAGAGCCCGCCUUCCUGUACCCGCUGGAGAUCGGCCAUCUACGGAACUGAUCGGAAUGUCUCGGCUUCUUCCGGGGACGAGGGACUGAGCGAACAAACGAGCGAGAGCUGGAGAGGUGAGAGAAGGAGCCGGAGGUGUCGCACCUUAUCCUGGGAAUUCCAACCUUGUGUCACAUUCGAAUCCUCCCAGUGCACCACAGGUUGUGUGACUGUGUUCUUGUUUUUGUCAAGUGCCCAUUUAAUGUCCUGAAGAGUUGUGGACCUGUAUGAUCAACAGUGACUUGGAGACAACAUGGCAAGUGGGGGAUACAGGUCUCACAAGCCAUCUACCUCUAAUACAACUGAUUUCUUGGAGGAGUGGAAAGCUAAGAGAGAGAAGAUGAGAGUCAAAAUGCUUGCAAAUGAGUUAGUAAUAGCAGCCGCAGGAGGAGGAGGAGGAGGAGGAGGAGGAGAAUGUGGCGGCAAUGACCUUGUCAAUAAAGCUAGCAAUGAGUUGAACAACAAUGGCAACUGCAACACAGCAACUCCCAAUAACCCGGUAUCUGCAGCAGCCUCAAUCUUUAAAGGUCCUGCAAAUAAGAGGGCAGAUGAGGACCCAAUAGUCCCAUCUACUGUGAUGCAGCAAAAGCAAGUGCCCGGUCCUGUGCAAGAUGUGGUAUCUGCAGGAAACGUGCAGGAUGAGUCCACUCCAACAGUUUCACAGGAACCUCCCACAAAGUCAAAAGAAAAGAAGAGUUGCAGCGGUCCUAGUGCCAGGAAGGGUAAGGGACAGAUUGAGAAGAGAAAGCUUCGAGAAAAAAGAAGGUCUACAGGAGUGGUUAGCAUCCCCUCAGUAGAAAGUCCUGAUGAGUUUGAAGAUGAAGAAGCAGGACAAAAAGCAAGAAAAGGAGAGGAUGUAGUUACCAAGCAAAAUACUCUACAAAAUGAAUCCUUUUGCCUGGAUCCAAGUGAAUCCUUCUUGCCACAGGAAACUGUGAACACGUCAGGAUCCAACCAAUACAAAAGCAAUAAUGCUCCUGAUGAUGACAUCUUAAAUCACUUUUCUCGAAAUGAUCGAACAGCCUGUAAUCAUUUAAACCGAGAGACAAGUUCCUCUGGAAAUUCUGGCCAGGACAGUGCUCUGGUACAAAAAAUCGAAGAACUUGAAAGAGAUCUAGCAAAAGAGAGGCAAGAACAUUUGAGAUUAACAAAGAUAAUGGAAGACAAAGAAGAAUUAAUUCACAAACUGAAGGAAGAAAUAGACUUAUUGAACAGAGAUUUGGAUGAUUUAGAAGAUGAAAACAAGCAACUAAAGCAGGAAAACAAGACGCUGCUAAAAGUCGUUGGACAACUAACAAGAUAGAAGAUUGUUUGUAGCUGUGCUGCUCACUACUGAUUUCUACCUUUUGAGAAGAGAAAGGGUGGCAUAGGGCAAUUUGGUUAAGGGAUUAGGGAAAACUUGAGCAAAAGCAACCUCUUCAGUGAAGGGGAAUUCCAGUUCUUUAUAAAGGUCUCAUAGAAUUGUAUGCUGCAAGCUUGCAUAUUUAUUACUGUGGACUUAACCUUUGGGAGGAAUGAUUAUUUGCACCAGCUGUUUUUAAGGUAUCAGUUUUUUAACCCACAGAAAAAAAAUAGUUUUUGCUUUUAAGGAAAAAGAUCACAAACACAGACCACUAUUGACAACCUUGUCGCUUAUUUGCAUCUGUUUCCAUUGCAAAUUAAAUCUCCCACUUUCUCAGUAUAUCAACAUCUGCGCUGAUAUUGUGCUCCACUCUCUUGAAAUAUGCCACAAGAGGAAAAACUAGUCUUUCUAGAUUUUUUACACAUCAGGCAGAUUAGCAAAGAAGAAAAGAAGGACCGCCAGACAAAAUUGUCACAGCACAUGUGAAACCAGUGUCUAGAAAUCUCCCCACGGACAAAGGGCAAGGAAGAAAGAUUUAAACUGAGUCACUGGAAAGGAAUGUGUCUUGUCUGUAGUGGCCUGAUCUCUGCAUAUUUUUAGAAGGACCUUAAGAAUAUUUUGAUAUUUUUUCAGAUCCAUCCAAUUGGCAUUAACAUCAUGCUUCUGUUGAUUUAACCCUUAUUUAUGCUGGUUUUGAAAUGAAUUCAAAAAAAGCCAUUGCACAUAGCAUUGAAGGAGAUAGGCUUCACAGUGGAACAUUUUUCUUCUGUAUAUAUUGUAUUGCAGCUGUAUGCUCCACCCUUGGUUUACAGCUAAGUAGACAUAAGCCUUGUUUAUAUUUAACCGCAUAGUCUUGUAAAGGCUUGUUUUUCUCUGCAGGUUUUAUUGGACCAAAACAAAAUGCAGGGACAGGAAGGUUUUACUAUGGGGUUCAUUUAAAAAAAAAAAAAAUCAGGUUCUCACCAGCAGAAAUUUCUUUUUUAAAUUCUAAUGAUCAUAUGCUCUGAUUAUAAAGAACCAAAUUGGGUUUCUUUGGGUUGACAACUAAACUGAAAUGGAGAGGUUAGAAAGUGCUUUGCUAUGAUAAAUAUGUUUACAAUUACUGUCCUCUAUAUAUUUGUAUGCUAGCUUUAUUUGCUGUGCACAAAUAUAGUAUUGCCUUUA